AUGGACACAUCCGACGAUCAAGCAGCGGCGGCGGCGGCCCAGCUCCCGUCGCCAUACUCGUCCGUUGGCGUCGACAGCUCCAGCGAGGCCAGGCGGGUGACGGCCAUGGGCACCAUACUCGCCGAGGACGACCUGGAGGACUCGCCCAACAAGUCUGCAGAGCCCGACUUCUACGGCAGCUCCUCGGCCGUUGCGUUCUUAAAAGAGGCAUACAGCGCGAUGAACUCGGCCCCUGCAAGAGUGCAGCCAUCCACUCCCUUUCGGAGCCAGCAGGCACUACCGUCCCUCUCGACGCCGUCUUCACUGUACGCCGACUUUGACAAGUUCCUCUUACCCCCUCGCCCGUUCGCCGAUUAUCUUCUUCAACUGUACUUUCAGAGAGUACACUACCUCUACCCCGUAUUCCACAGACCGGCCUUUGAAAGAGCCUACGAAUCCCUCUGGCAACCGACGACCUCAACAACCGCAGCAGCACCAGCAGCCGCCUCCGAAGCAGGAGAACCGGACUUCCGCGGCGUAGGCCUGGGCUGUUCCCCCGGCGCAGACGCCACCACGAUCGUCUUUCACAGCGCCCUCAACUCCAUCUUUGCGCUCGCCUGCAAUUUCGCGGACCUCACCUGCGCGGAAAAGGCAAAGAGCAUCGAGGUCUUUCUGCUGCGGAGCCGCAAGUGCCUCAGCGUCGACCUGCUCGAGAAGAACAACCUCGGCGUCGUGCAGACGCUGUUGCUGUGCGGGUUGGUCUUUCAGGGGACGCCGUUCCCCGACCGGUGCUGGAAUGCCGUUGGGAUCGCGUGUCGGAUUGCGCAGGGGCUUGGGCUUCAUAUGGAUGUUGUGGCGGCGCGGGAGAUGGGGGCCGGUCUUGGGGCGGAGGAGGAGGGAGGGUUCACUUUGGAGAUGGACGUUAGGCAGCGGACGUGGCAGGGUUGUGUUAUUCUCGAUACGUGA